AGCAGACCCAGACCAGAUACACAACACGACACUGCUGUUCGAUAGAAGCGUUUCCGAAGACAUGAUGCUUCUCACGCUUCUCUUUAUCUCCACGGCUGUGGCGAGUCCCCUGUUGGGUACGGAGCAGUGUGCCCGCGGUCCCCCCUACUGGUGCCAGAAUGUCAAGACUGCUUCUCUUUGUGAUGCCGUCCAACACUGCCAACAGAAUGUGUGGAACAAGCCUCAGAUGAAAACUGUGCCAUGUGAUCUGUGCAAAGAGGUGUUGAUGGUGGUGGAGCAGCUUUUGAAGGAUAAUGCCACAGAGAGCGAACUCCUCGGAUACAUGGAGAAGGCCUGUCAGCUGAUCCCUGAUGAGGGCCUGGCUGGCCAGUGCAAGGAGCUUGUGGACAACUACUUCCCCAUUCUCAUGGGCAUCAUCCAAGGAGAGCUGGAUGACCCCGGUGUGGUGUGCGCUGCUAUGGGCCUGUGUGUGUCCCAGCAGGCAGCUCUGGCUAAAGCUCAACUCAUGUCCAACGAGAUCCCUCAAGUGGACCUGAACCAGCAUGAACUCAACCCCUUCCUGCUCAACAUCCCCCAGCUGCUCUACCCCCAAGAGAAAGUCAAGGAGAGCACAACACAGAUGAGUGGAGAUGUAGUGUGCAAUGACUGCGUUACGUUCCUCACUGACACUCAGGAGGAGGCCAAAGCCAACGCCUCAUUUAUCAGCGCUCUGAUCGCACAAGUGGAGAGCCAGUGUGAGCUUCUGGGACCUGGCAUGUCUGACAUGUGCAAAGAGUACAUCAGCCAGUACGGCCCACUGGUCUUUCAACAGCUCAUGUCUAUGCAACCCAAGGAUAUCUGCGCUCGUGCUGGCUUCUGCCCCAUUAAGAAGUCCUCUGUGCGCAUGGAGAAGCUGAUGCCUGCCAAAUCCAUCACUGCUGUCAAGACGUUUCCUGCAACCAAACUUGAAAUGCCUGUCCUAACCAAGCCUGCUAAGAAUCUGGUGCGAGUGCGUGAGUCCCCUCAGUGUGCCCUCUGUGAGUUUGUGAUGAAGGAACUUGAGGGCAUGAUUGAGGGUCAGACAUCUGAGGCACAGAUUGUGCAGGCUGUGGAGAAAGUCUGCGAUAUUUUGCCCUCCUCACUCAAGGCUCAGUGCAAGGACCUUAUCGAGACCUACGGGCAGGCCAUCAUUGAGCUGCUUGUGCAGGAGGUGGAUCCCAAAACACUCUGCUCUUUACUCGGGCUCUGCAAUGGGGUCAGCCAUGUCCCUGUAAUGGAAAAGGAACAGUUUGAGGCGGGUGGUUUCUGUGACGUGUGUAAGAUGGCAGUGCGUUAUGUGGACGGGAUCCUGGAGCAGAACGCCACUCAGGCAGAGAUUGAGGAGGCCGUGAUGAAGGUCUGCAGCUUCCUGCCUGAAGCAGUCAGAGAUCAGUGUAACCAGCUCAUUGAGCAGUACGAGCCUCUGCUGGUGCAGCUGCUGCUCCAGACACUCGACCCUGACUUUGUCUGCAUGAAGCUGGGAGCAUGUCCUGAGGCAGUGCAGAGGCUGCUGGGAAUGGAGCAGUGCAGCUGGGGACCAGCAUACUGGUGUAAGAAUGUGGAGAACGCUGCCCGCUGUAACGCCAUGGACCACUGCAGGCGUCACGUAUGGAACUAAAGGAUGAGGAGAAUGUUCCAGAGCAAUCAUGGGAAACUAAAGGAGAAUUGCUGUAGCGCUGCUUUUCUGUUUUGAAAUCAAUACUUGGGUUUUCUUUUAAUAAGUGACAUUUGAAAUCGAUCUGUCACAUCUAAUUUAACAGCCUUGUUUCAGGGGGAAGAAAGCUUUUACUGAAAGGACAUGUACACUUUUGAGGGGGCAGGGGUUUGGAGGGAGGUGUAGGUAUAUGAGAAAUACUUGCACUGAAACUGGAUUUUUUUUUUUUAUUGUUUAAGUUGUACAAUCCUCCUUUAAAUAUGCACAUAGCAUCUAAGUUGCAAGAGAAGUUUAUAUGGAAAUAGAUUGUGCCUUUAAUGGAAGAGGUGGUCUGAGACCCCUGAGAAUAAAGAUGAAAUGAUUUAGGAUGCUCUAAUAUCCCUGCUUCCCUUUUUAACGGCAAAUACGCCUGCAAGGCCAGUGAUUUAAACUUACUUUUAAUGGGUGACAUUUUGGUCCUAAUAUAAGUUGAUUCUCUAACUUUGUCAUUUUGUGUCUGUUAUUAAUGAGCUGAUGGUGAAAGUGAUGUUGACAUUCUUCAUUUGAUCCACUAAUCCCUCACCGAUUGAUCAGUCACUGCUCCCUAAAUGUCAGAUUUUAUCCUCAUGCUUCACACUGUUCAGACUGAGCCUUUGUUUUUAAAAAAAAUAAAAUAAAACCUCAAACCC